GUGAAUGUGGAGAACUGGAGGUUGGGGAUCUAAUUACCGGGCCAUAAUUGGGGGCUAGGGAAUAGGUUGCCGUCCUCUCAACUCGCUGCAGAUCAAUUAUGUUAAGAGAACAUCUGUAAGUAGAACUUAAUGAGGUCCAUUAGAGCAACAUGCGCUGCCUUCCCUAACGGUGCUUGUCAGCUUCUUGGAUGAGCUGGAGUGUGCUGCUAACUAGGGACCUGGUGAAGGUGCUUAAAUAGGCGAGGAGACGUGCGGGCCGGCUCAGGUCUGUUUUGCUUUGCUGCCAGGGAGGGAACGAGAUCGCAAGCGAAGAAACAGCCAUCGUGGGGAGAAGGAGGGGAAUCUUUUUAGAAAAGGAGCGAGGAGGAGUUGCACCAAGGCGGGCUGCGUGUUUUUAACCCGCUCGCCUGGAACUUGACAAGGGAACCGGCUAUAUUUGAGCUUCCAUCUCGUCUUAAUCUGCAACUUUUCCUCGCGAGAUUGCCUGGACAACGCAUCGUGGCGACGAGCGCAUUAUAACUAUCCCGAGGGAGGUCCUCAAUUCAGACAGAGACACUCAAUUUACCACAGCUGAGAAAUCUCUCGGUGACCCUCUCACUCAAAGUUCACAAUUUCUCACUGCUUGCGCUCUCACCCCCUCCAAGAGCAGCAUAUACAUUAGGUGGAAUCUAUGGCUCUGACAGCUUCUCCUGCACAAGGUAUACAAAUGCUCUCCGUCCAGCCGGACACCAAGCCAAAGGGCUGUGCCGGCUGCAACCGGAAAAUCAAGGACCGCUACCUGCUGAAGGCCCUGGACAAGUACUGGCACGAAGACUGCCUCAAGUGUGCCUGCUGCGACUGCAGACUCGGCGAGGUGGGAUCCACACUGUACACCAAAGCCAACCUCAUCCUCUGUCGGAGGGACUACCUACGGUUGUUCGGCGUGACGGGAAACUGUGCGGCUUGCAGUAAACUCAUCCCAGCGUUCGAGAUGGUCAUGAGAGCCAAGGAGAACGUCUAUCAUCUGGACUGCUUUGCCUGCCAGCUGUGCAACCAGAGGUUCUGCGUCGGAGACAAGUUUUUCCUAAAGAACAACAUGAUCCUCUGUCAGACAGACUACGAGGAGGGAUUGAUGAAGGAGGGCUACGCGCCGCAGGUCCGCUGACCAUCCCGCGACUUCACAGCUCACAGGAGGACUUGAAGUGGACAUGCAAUCAGACACACAAAGCACUAGUGUCCUCUCCAGCCCCUGUCCCCCCACAUCACACUGUAUAUACGAAGAAAGGGACGGUGUACUGUACAGAUUAGCCAUAGAGACGUUUUUUUUUUUUUGUAAGUCGGAAGAACAUUCGAAGACGGACCAAGACUGUGGUUCUGAUUUAACGACAAUGCCUGACGGCCUUAUGAAGACCAGACUUUUGUGAACACAAACACCAAACCCCCCACAUUGCCAUUAACAGGGUGAAGAUUAUGUAGUAAAAACAAAAAUUGAUCAUAAGAUCUCAGGUUCAAUGGGUUUUCUCAUUGUCCGUUGUGAUUUCUUUCGUCUGCAUUACAUCUGAACCGGGAUUUGGAGUAAUUACGAACAGCCAAUCAGGAGAUCUUUGACGUGUAAUGUAUAGUUAUGAGAACCAAUGAGAUUUCACAGUGGGCGGAGCUACUCUGUGUCCUGAUUAAAAUGCUUCGAACUGAUCUUUGGCCUUCGACAUCUUUAACAGCAAGUUCCUUGGUGACAUUAUGACUUUUUUAUACUUAAAAAGACCCGAUGCGAACAUUUGUGCAAAGGAAACUAUGAGUUAGUUUCUUCACUGUAUUUAUUUAAUAGGCUUUUCGUCAUUGCGUGUACUUCAAGGCUCGUCCCUGACAUGUUUAUACCUGAAGAGUUUUCAAGCAUCUCCUCCAGACGUGACGAACACCACCUCGUAUUUGUUUUUUGUUGCUUUUGAGCGGCCCAUUUUGAUCAGAACCCUGUUUAAACACAAUCAGGUCGCAUUACUGGAGAAUACCUGGUCGGAGGAUUUGCCUUUUACCGGGUUUUGUUUACUAUCGACUCUCAAGCGCAAAUCACUACUGUAGCCUACAAUGUUGAUAAUCCUUUUAUGGGCUAUGAUUACCUUUGGGAACCGAGGGGAUAUAGCCUAGAGAAAAAUAUGAAGACAGACUUAAUUUGUAUAUGGUGGUUGUAUAUAUUUAAAACAAAAAAAAUAUUCCUUUUUGCUUGCUAUUGUAUAUGGAUUUUCUUUUUAUGUGUUAUUCAGCAUGAGAUGUUUAUUUUUAGGACGUGUACAUACUGUACUGUAAUCAUUUUAAGCACAAAUGUAAUACAGUUUUAUUGUGUUA